CACUAUUUCGUAUUCAAUCACAAACUGAAACAACAGAUAUAAAAUCAGUAUGCUAUUGAAAAUACAAAAAAGUGUUAUUCCUAGGUUUGGGGUUCGUUAUUAUGGAAAAGUUGGAAUAAUUGGUGUACCAUUCGAAAAAGGACAGUGUAAGGAAGGAGUAGCUGAUGGUCCAAAAACGAUUAAAGCAGCUGGACUAAUCCAAGAAUUACAAUCUUUAGGCUUGGAUGUAAAAGAUUAUGGUGACAUUUUGUACAAAACAAAGGAUGUGGAUGGUGUGAGCAACAUGUCACACUUAGGCGAUGUCGCUGGUUGCACUAGUAUUUUAUCUGAAAAAGUUCAAAAGGUUUUAAACGAUGGCCGUCGGGUAUUAACUAUUGGGGGUGAUCAUAGUGUAGGAAUUGGAACUAUAGAUGGUCAUGUAAAGGUAAAGAAAGACGUAGGUGUAAUAUGGGUUGAUGCUCAUGCAGAUCUUAAUACUAAUAAAACUAGUGAAAGUGGGAAUGUUCACGGAAUGCCUGUAGCAUUGUUAACUUCUGAAUUGGCCGAUUAUUGGCCACAUCUUCCAGGCAUGGAUUGGCAGCAACCAAUGCUAUCAAUUAGAAAUGUGGCUUAUAUUGCAUUAAGAUCUGUAGAUCGUUAUGAGAGAUUAGUGAUUGAAAAAUUUGGUAUCACUGCUUAUGGGAUGGAAGAUGUUGAACGAUAUGGUAUUCACGAUGUUGUGAACAUGGCAGUAAAUAAAAUAGAUCCUGAUGAUUCAAAGUCGUUGCAUGUUAGUUUUGAUAUCGAUUCGCUUGAUCCUUUGGAAGCACCAAGCACAGGAACUCCUGUGCGUGGUGGAUUAUCCCUUAGAGAAGCUGUUCAUUUAAUGGAAGAAUUAUACAGAACAAACAGAUUGAAUGCUGUUGAUCUUGUAGAAGUAAAUCCUCGCAUCGGUGAUUCACGUGACGUUCGUUUAACCGUCGAGGCUGCUAUACAUAUUAUUCAAGCUGGUUUUGGCUAUACAAGAAGAGGUCUUAAGGUUCCGAAGGGUGUUACUGACAUGCCAUUACAAACAUUUAGAUAGCAGUUUGAUCAUAUUUAUUCUUACAUUAGCAUACAUAUGUAAACAUAAUCAAGUUAUCAUAUUUUCUCUUGUCUGGAGUUUGUACAAUAAUAAACUUUUAUACAUUUUUAGACAGUACCAUAAAAAUAUAACAGCAAAACAAAAAGCAAUAAUG